GUGUGUAGGGGUGUGCGUGUGUGCGGGUUUGCUGAGGGCAGAGAAGGUCAUCCGUUGCCAGGGGCGCGUCACCGCGGCACAGUCACUGACCCUCACGUGGUCACCCGGCGCUGGCCGUCCCAGGCUGCUGGGGACGGUGGGUAACAGGCGGUGACAGGGCCAGCGCUCUGAACAAUCUCGCCUCUCAGUCUGACCCCCGAGAGGAAGAGGAAGAGGAAGAGGAAGAAGAUACAAGGAAGUGGUGCAGAGGCGACUCGUGUCUGGAUAAGCAUUUCUUUAGUUCCGGGCGCCGCUGGGCUAACAGAGAGUCUAUGGGAUAGCUGUGGGCGUCCACCAUGCCUGUCGCCGUACGGAGAAAAAGUUGGGAGGACCACGUGAGCCGCCGGUCAGUUCCGCGCUACAGCUACGAUGACCUGGACCUCGUCUGCUGCCACGACAUCAGGCGAGACGCGGCGCGUUCGAGGCGUGGGCGCCGGGAGCGGUGCGCCUCCAUGCCCGAGUGCUGCCACCCAGGGUUCGCGACCUUUGCCACGGAGGACGGGAUGCCACAAGGUCAGGAGAGCGAGACAGAGAGCGGUGAGACGCCAUUGGCUGACGUGUUUGGCUGUUGUGCUGUUCAGGACAAAGACGUCGUUGCUGAUCAGUCGCAGAGGAGUGCAUCUUUGUUGGCUGCCCCCACAGCUGCGGGCGCCACUGCACUGGACGGUGCCAGUGUUGAGGCUCCACCGCAUCCCCCCACCCUACCGGCCAAAAACCCCACAGCUAGCCAGACGGCCGCAGCAAACGAGCCAUUAGAUCCCACUAAUGACGACAACAGUCGUUCCCAUGGAGAUGACCUUGACGCACCAGAAGCGGCAGACUCAGACAGCCCUGUGGCGCAGCAUCCUAACGACCCCUCCGACUCCGAGGCUGGCCUUGCCAGGCACCCCGAUGUUCCGGACGCCCCGAGGGCUCCUGCCAACGCUGCCCAGACAACAGUGGCAUCGGGCAGUGCAGACGCUGGCGGAGAGGAAGACAGCGCGGCCGUGGCAUUAGGCCCUGCUCCUGCUCCGACGGCGCAGGAGGAAGGCCCCUCUCCGCUCAGCCGCCGAGGCCAAGCGGGUGGAUUAGAGGAGAGCUCUGUUUUGAAAGCAGAUAUGCUCGAGCGCGUGCCAAGUAUUGAGUUUGCGGCCGGUGAGAGUGGACGGGAGCAUAAGCCCGCCGCCGCCUGCCAGGGGCACAUGACGAGGGAGGCCGAGGGUUGUGAAAGGCCUGGCAGGGGACAAACAGAUUUGGGACGGCACACUGCCGCGGACAUUGCAGGCGUGGAUGCUGCCCAGGAGGCACGGGGCCCUGAAGGAUUAGCCCUGCCAGCGGCCAGCAGGGUCAGGGGCAGGUCAGCAGCAGCCGCCGCGGCAGAGACGCAGGCUGCUCAGAGCAGCAGCAGCAGCUCGGUCCAUACCGAAGGAUCCCCUACGGCGGACUGUGAACUUCUCGAAGCACUCGACGGGGAGCUGAGCGCGACUGGAACGCGAGAAAGUGUUUUGCCAGAGCCGCCGGCAGGCUCGGAAAAUUCCGGAUCCACGGGUGCCUCGCAGGAGAGGCGCCAUGAGGGAGGCUGUGGGGGCUCCAAGCUGGACACCAUCUUGGAAGUGUCUUUCCAUGAGACCGGAGACGAAGUAGGAGGAGCUGAGAGACAGGGCCAAGUGGACAAGAAGGCAGCUACUCCUCCGCCGUCAUCUAUGACCCCAAGGGAAACCGGAGAAUCGCCUGGACCCACGGGGGGAGUCACCGUCGAGCCUCCAGGCGCAAACAACACGGCCCCUGACCGGGGAGCAGAGGGACAGCACGGCAACAAUAGCCCGAGCUCCGCGUGCUCUGGACAGCCGGUGCUGACUGAAGCUGAGGAUUUCUCAUCCAAGAUGGAGGCCAUUGAGGAGGAGGGCGUUGACGGCGGGAGGUGUGAGCCAUCUCUAGCUGCCCCCUCGGAGAGUGCAGAGCAACGGGAGGCCGCGAGUGAGGAGACUGCCGUCAAACUACGCGUCCGAAAGAGCUCCAGAGAGGAGCGCGAGCGCUCCCGUCUCGACUCCAUGGUUCUGCUGAUCAUGAAGCUGGACCAGCUGGACCAGGAGAUCGAGAGCGCCCUGAGCAGCACCUGCUCCAAGGCCAGCACGCCGUCCCUCAGGAGGAAGGGGCUGUCGGAGAUGGACCUGGCAACUCUGAGUGAGGCCGGCAGUGUGUCUGUGUCCACCCAGUCCCUCCACUCGCCUCUCCAUCGCCUGUCUUCGUCCUCAUCCUCGACCGGCCCUGCAGGCCCCUCAGGGGCCAGACCCAAGAGCGGGACGCUGGCGGCCGUCUCAGAGAAAGAUAAAGCGGAGGUCGAGGCCAAAGAGGCGUGCAACUGGCUCCGGGCUGCAGGCUUCCCUCAGUAUGCGCAGCUCUAUGAAGAUGGCCAGUUCCCGAUGGAGAUCUCCUCCGUCACCAGGGAUCACGACUUCCUGGAUGGUGAUGCCAUUGAGGCACUGUGCAGGAGACUGCAUACACUCAACAAGUGUGCUUUGAUGAGGCUGGACGUGUCCCCUCAGAGAAAGAGGAGUGAUGAUUCAGACGAGGAUGAGCCCUGUGCCAUCAGUGGCCGCUGGACCUUCCAGCGGGACAGCAAGCGCUGGUCGCGCCUGGACGAGCUGGACGUCUUCUCUCCACCAGGGGUCACCGGUGAGCCCCCUUUCCCCAGCGAGGAGCGCCUGCGGCAGGGCAUGAGCACGGAGAGCAUGCUGACCGACCUGAGCGAGCAGCCAGAGGUGGGCUCCCUGCACAGCGGUGGCAGUGGCGACCGGAAAGACGGCGCGUCCGAGCGAGGGGGGCGACUGCCCAGCGGCACGCCGUCCAGCCCCGGCGUGGGCGACUCACUGACGGGAGCGGCCGUCAGCAGCGUCGGUGCGACCCGUGCCAGCUCGGUGGCCAGCGUGUGUUCGUCGGCCACGUCGGGCGCCAACGAGGACUCGCUCUCCGACGGCCUCCCCUCGCCUCUGGAGAUGCGGAGUUUCUCGUUCGAGGUGAAGUCGUGCAGCGAGGAGCGAGGGAGCGGCGGCGGUGGGAGGAGCGUCGGCGGCAGCGGCGGCAGCACGAGCACGCGCUCACGGGCCAAGAGCUUCCUGAAGCGCAUGGAGAGCCUGAGGCUGCGCGGCGGCACGCUGACAAGAAAGAGCAAGAAGCCGCGCUCCAAGCUGGACAUCAGCGGGCCCGUGGGCAUCCAGGAGGGCCUGGACGAGGAGAAGCUCCGCAGGCUCAACUGCGUGGACAUCCACCCAGUCCAAAAUCACAACCAGAACAGCGAGAGCGGCAGCGGCAGCGGUGGUGUGGUCAGCACGGGGGUCGGCACCCACGGCCGCCACCGGAGCGUGUCCUACUUCACACAGACCAGCAGCGGCAGCGCAGGCAGCAGCCAAUCAGAGGGCGGCAGCAGCGGCUCAGCGGUCAGCACGCCGAGCCCGGUGACCCGGGCGCGCAGCCACAGCACGGCGGCCGGCGGGACGGGCUCCAAGCGAGGGGGCAUGUAUCUGGAGGGCUUUGACCCGUUCAACCUGCUCCUGCAGCCCGCUGCCCACCACACGGACCAGCGCCGGGCCCAGAAUGACCAGCACAACCUGAACACCGUCCAGAAUGCCAACCGCAACCUGGACCUUAACAAGAACCAGAGCGGCGCGCCCGACAACGGCGUGGUGGUACAGAACCGCCGCAACAGCAAGAAGUCGGCCUCUAAGUACGAGGCAGGCAACGAGGACGAGGCAGAGGAGGAGGACGAAGAAGGGGUCAUCUUCUUCUACCUGCCCGAAGGCCACAAGCCCGGGACCUUCCCGAAGGCACUCGCGGACGGCGGGCAGAAGCGACACGGCGUGGACGGCGGCGCCUCCACCAUCCGGCGGCGCCCGCGACGAGGCUCCUCGGCCUCCCUGGACAGCCGCCUCAGCGUCUACGACAAUGUGCCGGCCGCGCUGGCCCGAGGCGGAGAAGAGGAUGAGGACGAGGACGAGGUCGGCGAGCGCAAGCUGGAGGACGUGCUGAAGGACGUGAGCGGACUUCAGAGGCUGGUCAACGCCUGGACGGAGGCGGCCGCCGCCGGGGAGGAGGACGAGGAGGUGGACGAGGAGGAGGACGAGGAGGUGGACGAGGAGGAAGACGGAGACUCCGACUCAGCUCUGGACUCGGCCUCGCCCUGCCCAUCCUCACCGCUGCAGAACCGGCUGGAGGAGGAGAACGCCAGCGACCAGGACAGCACGGGGAACCCGGCCGGAGAACGCGAGAGGAGGGACUCUGGAGUGGGGGCUUCCCUCACGCGGGCCAACAGGCCCCAGAAGUUGCGCUGGCCCAGUUUCCAGAGCUCUCACAGACCCAGUCUGUCGUCGUCGCUGCUGCAGAUUGGCUGCCAGUCGGUGCUGCAGAUGAACCUGCUGCAGAAAUACAGCCUGCUCAAACUCACCGCCCUGCUGGAGAAACACACGCCCACCAACAAGCACGGCUUCAGCUGGGCUGUGCCCAAGUUCAUGAAGCGCAUGAAGGUGAGGGACUACAAGGAUAGGAAUGUGUUUGGUGUUCCCCUGCAUGUGAACGUUCAGCGGACAGGGCAGCCACUGCCCCAGAGCAUCCAGCAGGCCAUGCGCUACCUCCGGAGCCAGUGCCUGGACCAGGUGGGCUUGUUCAGGAAGUCAGGCGUGAAGUCCCGCAUUCAGGCACUGCGCCAGAUGAACGAGGCCUGUGGUGCAGAUGGGGGCGGAGUCAGCUACGAGGGCCAAUCGGCUUAUGACGUGGCCGACAUGCUGAAGCAGUAUUUUAGAGACCUGCCCGAGCCCCUCCUCACCUCCAAACUGGCAGACACCUUCCUGCAGAUCUACCAAUACAUGCCGAAGGAGCAGCGUCUACAGGCGGUGCGGGCGGCCGUGCUGCUGCUCCCGGACGAGGCGCGCGAGGCCCUGCAGACGCUCUUGUGCUUCCUGAGCGACGUGACGGCGAGUGUGGCCGACAACCAGAUGACCUGCACCAACCUGGCCGUGUGCCUGGCCCCGUCGCUCUUCCACCUCAACACGCUGCGCCGCGACAGCUCCUCGCCCAGGGUGAUGAAUAGGAAGCAGAACCUGGGUAAACCUGACCAAAGGGACUUGAAUGAGAACUUGGCUGCUACUCACGGUCUGGCCCACAUGAUUCAGGAGUGCCGCAAACUUUUCCAGAUCCCAGAGGAGAUGAGUCGCUGUAGGAACUCGUACGUGGAGCAGUGCCUGAGCCCCGUGCGCAUGGAGGAGCUGCUGGAGGCCUGCGGGCCGCAAGGAUUCCGCUCCCACCUCAGGGACGGACUGGACACCCUGCACAAGGAGGCCAAGGACAAGUUCCGCGGCUACGACAGCGUGUCCACGCCAGAGCCUGCUGAGCUCGCAUACAAGAAGGUGCAUGACGGCUCCCCGCUGCGGCUGUGGAAGGCGUCUGUGGAGGUGCCUGCGCUGGCGGAGGAGGUGCUGUCGCGGGUGCUGAGGGAGCAGCAGCGCUGGGAUGAGGACCUGCUGGAGGGCCGCGUGGUGGAGACGCUGGAGGAGCGGGCCGAGGUCUACCAGUACGUCCGCAAUAGCAUGGCCCCGCACCCACCCAGAGACCACGUGGUGCUCAGGACGUGGAUGACUGACCUGCCCAAGGGUGCGUGUGCUCUGGUGAGUGCGUCGGUGGAUCACGACCGGGCAGCAGUGAUGGGCGUGCGUGCCAACGUCCUGACCUCCCGCUACUACAUGGAGCCCUGCGGCCAAAACAAGACCCGCCUCACACUCAUCUCCAGGGUGGACUGCCGGGGUCGAUUCCCAGAGUGGUACAAUAAGCUCUAUGGACACCAGUGUGCUGCGGAGGUAGUUCGGAUCAGAGACUCCUUCACCUGCCCUAUGGACAAAUAAAUCCCUCUCUCCUUUACCCUUCGUCUCUGAGAGUCUAAAGAGGAAGGUGGAUGAUGAGGAUGAAAACAACUCCUCCACCGCCACCGCUGCUAUCUCUUGAACAGACUCAGUGGCUCGAGAGGAUUUCUGGACAACGUAACGUCGGUAUACAGUUCAUAUAUAUAUAUAUAUUUUUUAUCUCUACACAACAUUGGAUUGACAGGUCAAAGGCGAAACAAAAGCCCAAGACUGGAAUGGACACAUGACAAGACUGCUCGCGUCUUGCACUGUGAAAAUGACUCUCAAGUGGGUGCACAGGAUCUGACCCGUCCAGGGAGGGGCGUCAACUGAUGCCAAACUUUCAUGGGGUGGCCAGGGGCAGGGGUUCUACAGCUUCUGGGAAGCAAAAUGGACAAAGUAUACAAAAUGUGUGUGAACGUAUGUGUGUGUCGGGGUGAUAUAAUAUGUGUGUGUGUAUCGUGUGACUGAGAGACAAAUGAGAUAUAUUCCAUGCACUGGCUCUCUGCUGCAAUAUAGUAUAUAAAACAUAUAUUAUCAGCAAUGUAUGUGUGUGUGCGUGUGCUUAUGUGUGUGUGUGAGCAUGUGUUUACCAGUUUCAAAACAGCAGUUAUUACAAUAUAAACUACCCUUUCAUUAGUAGACCUACACUAACAUUUUAAAGAGUUGGUGAACAAAUCACCGGGAGUCAUGUACGUAUGUAUGUAUGUGUAUUUGUUUGUACGUGUGUACACUUGUUUGUGUUGUUCAGGUUUGUUUUUGUGGAUCUGUGUAUAUGUUUGUGUGUGUGUGUGUGCCUUGCUGUCAGAGAGUGUUUAAAAGACUGAAAGGUGGCAGGAACACCUGAGGUUUAGGACGUAGGAGGGCAGACUGGUUUGUGAUUGAGAGUUGAAAAGCGCUGUAGUUAAGUAGAUUCGUGCAUAUAUCUGGCUAAUUUGAGGGGCUUUACAUGCCCAGAAUAAAAAGAAAGACCAACACAUGGAAGGACCAAAAUCCUCACAUAAAGCUUGCUGAUCAACAGCCACACAGGCCGCUCUGAAGAGAGAAAAGAAAGGUGCAAAAGAAAACAGUGAUGGCUGAGACCAGUGUUUAAGUAUGUUUCUCGAAGUUUAUUUUGUUUUUUCUUUUCGUUUGGAUCUAUUUGGAAAUAGCUAUUGUCUAUCAGAUGUCAUGAGCCAAUGCACCCUUGAGCAUGCUCACCUUUGGGAGAAAAGAAAAGAUGUGAUAGAAGGGAUAGGAGAGGAAAGAGAGGAAGUACCCGAGGAGAGGAAGUACCCUUUUUUAUAAAGGUGAAGAUAUUACAGGUUUUACUGUAAAGGAGUUAGAGAUUUGGGGGGUAGAGGACAAGGAUGGAGAAGGACUAUGUCGUGCUAAGAAGGAAAAAUAAAAUGACUGUCAGCUUCGUUGUUAAGUGUACUUCUGUUUCAGUGUUAACCUACAAAUGAAGUAAAAGACUAAGUAGUAACAGACCAUUUAUCUUCUAAGAUCCAAGAGCAGUUUUAUGUUGAAAUCUAAAACCGAUUUGCUCUGCCUUGUGUUGUGUUGUAAACCUAUGUGUACAUUAAAAGUGUAUGCCACCCAAAUAACGAUAACGCAUGACAAUGAACGUUAAUUUAAGCAUUCUUGUAUUUAUACCUCAAAUAUGUCAUUUUUUGUACCAUGUUAUUUUAUUGCAAAUGUUACGCUUUAAGUUACAUAAAUGAAAAUGUAAAUUGUUUAUCUUUUUUAUUAUUAAUAUUAUUUCUGUACAGAUUAAUCAUGGCCCGUGCACUAUUAAAUGUCUAAAAAAUG